AUGGUGUCCCAGAAAGAAAUUAGCUUUGAGAAAAACUCUGAGGUGCUUAAGAAUUUCGAAGUUUUUAAUCAGGGUUUAGAAGAGGAAAAGCAUGAAUCUUCAAAUUUUUCAGGACCUACAAUCUUAUUUGAGAGAUUUCACAGUAAUGGAUCAAGUAGUAAAUAUUAUGCUUGCUCAGCUUGUAGAGACAGAAGAGACUGCUCAUUCUACCAUCUGGCUGACCAGAAGUUUACCCAAGCUAAAGAGGAAGUUUGGCAAAAUGUAAUACGAGAAGCAAGUUCCAAAGGGCGCCACACAGAUGUGUAUAACAGAUCAAAAUCUAUCAAGGAAUUGCCUGGUCUUCAGAGGGCUUAUUGCCUUACUUGCUCUGAGUUGUUGGGGUCCAAAAGGACUGGGCAUGGAAAAUGUACACUAAAGACGCCUCUCUUUGACUCAGUUAUGUCCCAGCCAUCAUUGUUGUUGCCUCCCAAAGAAAAUUCAAGAUUUGAGGCUCAGUACAUGUUUUCAGCAAACAGCGUGAAAGUUAUCAUGGGAAUGCUAAAUCAGUUGAAUGCAAAAAAGGUUCUGUGCCUGGGUACUCCACGGAUAUUCGAAGAAAUCAGUAAUUCUCCAGAGAAGAACAUGUCCAGUCUUCUGAUGGAUAUUGAUGGCAGAUAUUGUGCUUUCUUCUCACCAUCAGAGUUUGUUCGUUAUAACAUGUUCAAUCACCAUUUUUUUGAUGGUGAUAGAGCUAAAGAAACAUACUUACAGUUUGUCACAGGAAAUGAAAAGUUGGUGGUGGUAGCAGACCCUCCAUUUGGUGGCAGAAUGGAGUUACUGGCGCACAAUUUGCUUACUAUUCAGAAAGAAUGGAGAGUAGCUAAUAAGUUGUCUGAAGAAAAUCAGCUGUCAGUUUUCUUCAUUUUCCCAUACUUCAUGGAGCCCCAGGUCCUAGGACAGCUGCCAAACUUUGUGAUGUUGGAUUAUCAAGUGGAUUAUGAUAAUCAUCCAUUAUACUCUUCAGGACCAAAGGGCAUGGCCCAAGGAUCUGCAGUCAGAGUUUUUGUCAACGAUCGCCCCUCUUUGUUUGCAUUACCAGAAAAUAAAGGAUAUAGAUUGUGUGAUAUUUGCGACAGAUGGGUCCAGUCUACAAAUAAACACUGUAAUAAAUGUAAAGGCUGCAUGUCUAAGGAUGGGAGGACAUAUAAACACUGUGAUGAUUGUAACAAGUGCGUGAAACCUUCUUGGAAUCAUUGUUCAGGAUGUCAAAAGUGUCAGCCACAGGACCACAAGUGUGGAAAUGCAGAGAAUACAGUCAAGAGCUUCUUGUGCCACAGUUGUGGAAAGGAAGGACACAAGAGAGUUGACUGUCCUGACAGAAAGAGAUCACUUAGUGUGUCUGAAAAUUGA